GAGCUCAGAAGAGCGUCGAAUGUGCGCGCGCUGGAUCGUUCACGUGUAUGUGUGACACGUCAUCCAGCAGCUCGAGCACGGAAGUGUUUCCAUCAGAAAGACAGCGUUACUAAAGUAUUUCAUCCAGAAUGGGGGGGUUCUUUUCCAGCCUCUUCUCGGGCCUGUUUGGCACCAGAGAGAUGAGAAUACUCAUUUUAGGUUUGGAUGGAGCUGGAAAAACCACCAUAUUGUACAGACUUCAAGUGGGAGAAGUGGUGACCACGAUUCCUACAAUUGGUUUUAAUGUGGAAACUGUGACAUACAAGAACUUAAAGUUUCAAGUGUGGGACCUCGGUGGACAGACAAGUAUCAGGCCAUAUUGGCGGUGUUAUUACUCCAACACAGAUGCAGUGAUUUAUGUAGUGGACAGCAGUGACCGUGACCGAAUGGGCAUCUCCAAAUCUGAGCUGGUGGCCAUGCUGGAGGAGGAGGAGCUGAAGAAAGCCAUUCUGGUGGUGUUUGCAAACAAGCAGGAUAUGGAACAGGCCAUGACUCCUACCGAAGUGGCUAACGCUCUCGGUUUACCUGCACUCAAAGACAGGAAGUGGCAGAUCUUCAAGACGUCUGCUACUAAAGGCACAGGCCUGGACGAGGCAAUGGAAUGGUUGGUUGAGUCACUGAAGAGCCGACAGUAAAUGCAAAAGCACAGAAAAAUCUUAUAAAUAGGAACUUCAGAGACUUCUUAUUGGGGGUCCUUUGGACCAGUGACUGCAUUCUUCCUAUUGUGUGAAGACCAUCCUAUUUUCCCAUUUAGUACAGAAAUGUUGAGUGGCAUUGAACGGACUCUCCACGAAUGAACUUCUCCUUUUUUCUUCUCGUCUCUACUGAUGCUUGUUUUCGGUAAACUGUAUUCACUACGUUUGUAAUUUCAGAAGUGUCUGCUUUUUAAAUUUAGCCUAGUUUCGGAAUAAUCACUGCAGCUCGGUUUGAUAUUAUUUGGGUAGAUAUUUAAGACUGGCUGUCGUUUGUAUGAUUUGGAUUUGUAUUGGCAUAUUUAUAUUUGGACGUGUACAGGGGCGUGCACUCCUGCAUUAUGGCUGUGAAAUAAAUAUGCAGUCAACACGUAUUACAUUAUGCAUAUAACAUCAA